AUGAAGCAGGGAAGAAGCGGUGCGGGAAGCUCGCCAGAUGCCCCAGUCCAAGACCAGCGAGGCCAAGAUGAUGCAUCCUACGAGCUCGAGACGAUAGGGUCACGAACGAAUCUGGAGCGACGUCAUACAGUAAAUAAGGGAAGAGAUACGGUUCCGGACAGGAGGAACUCGUCGGUUCAUCGUGAGCCGUCUGCAUUACUAGAGAGCGCGGAGUCAUGCAUAUCCACACCUGAACAUACACAAUCGGAGCUGAAGCUAUCCCACCAUGCGACUCAGCUUUACACCAUCUCCUACCUCGUCUUCUUCUCGAUAUUCGGCACCUUGGCUCGGAUCGGGCUGCAGGUCUUGACGGUAUACCCCGGGGCGCCGGUAACUACGGGAGUGGUCUGGGCGAACGUCGGUGGCUGUCUGCUUAUCGGCUUCUUUGCAGAGGACCGCAAGCUCUUCCGUGAAGAAUGGGGUGACUCUAGUGUUGGACGCGGGGAGCUGAACGGCAAUGGCGACGAGCAGCAGCGAAUUGAUGACUCGGAUGAUGAUGAUACGCAAGUGUUGACAAAGCACAAGGCAGUCAAGAAGACUAUACCGCUAUACAUCGGUCUGACCACCGGGUUCUGCGGCUCGUUCACCUCGUUUUCAUCAUUCAUGCUUGAUGCGUAUCAUGCACUAUCAAAUACCCUGCCGAACCCCAAUACAGAUACCAUCCUGCCUAGAAAUGGCGGGUAUAGCUUCAUGGCCGUUUUGGCGGUCCUUUUAUAUACCGUUUUGCUUUGUCUCUCCUCAAUUGUGGUUGGAGCACACCUCGCAGACGGCCUAUCCUACUUCACGCCAACACUCCCAUUCAAGUUUCUACGUAACAUACUUGACCGACUCAUAGUUUUACUGGCUGUUGGCUGCUGGAUGGGAGCCAUCUUCCUCGCCAUAUGGACGCCGGAUCGACAUCGGCCAAUACAGGAACAGCACUGGCGUGGUUCGGCCGAAUUCGCCAUUAUAUUUGCCCCCAUCGGCUGCUUGUUUCGAUUCUACGCUUCCCUGUACUUCAACCCUCUGAUCUUAUCAUUCCCUCUAGGAACAUUCUUGGUCAACAUGAUAGGCACUCUGAUCUUGGGCAUAUGCUUCGAUUUACAACAUGCUAGUAGCGUGGUUGCUAGAACUAGUAUAAAUGGUGCAAUAGCUCCUCACCGGCUGCUCGGCUGCCAGAUCCUCAAGGGUAUCAUGAAUGGGUUUUGCGGAUGCACAACUACAGUGAGCACUUGGAUUGCCGAGCUUCACAGCCUACGUCUGAAACAUGCAUAUUUAUAUGGGUUUGCCAGCGUAGGAUUGGGACUCGCCCUUUUGGUCGUUGUCAUUGGCACUAUGCAAUGGACCGUUGGACUUGCGCAACCAGCCUGUUAG